AUGAACGCGCAGCUGCUGAAUCCGUUUACGAUCGACAUCCCGGACUCGGUGGCGAGCACGAUCGAGGCGGCCGAAUGCACCACGUGCGUAUUCAACCACGGCCUCAACGCACUCCACGGCCAAUACCUCGCCGUAGGCCGCAGCGACGGAUACAUCACCGUCUGGGAUGUCGAGACCAAGUCGGUGGUACGCGUGCUUUCGGGCCACGUGCGUGCGGUCACCGCGCUGGCUUGGUCGUCGUACAACCGCUAUCUCGCCAGCUGCAGUGCCGACUGGAACGUCAUCGUCUGGGACCUCGCUGCCAAGUCCCACCCCGGCCCAGCACUGCGUUCCGCACCCUCAACAUCCGCAGUCCCACGCGAAUCGAACGGCGAAAGUGCAGGCGUGCAGGCGGGGUCGGAGCGCAAAGUGACGCUGCGGUUCGACUGUCCCGUUGCAUCGGUGCAGUUCGCACCAGGGAAUAGCAAGAAGCUCCUCGUGGUGCUGGCGUCCAACCAAGCGCUGCUCGUCGACAUUACCGAAAAGGUGCGCGUCCGGCGCCGGGCGGGAGCAGCGAUCGAGGUGGACGAUGCGGCGACUUCACCGGUCCGUAUUGGGCUGCAUACGGGUGUUGGGGCCGAGUCAACCGCCAUCACCGCAGCGCGCUUCACCCCCGAUGGAAAGUUCAUUGUUGCGGGCACGUCAAAGGGCAGUUUGCUGGUGUUUGACUCGCAGACGGGGGUGCUUUUGGACGAGAAAUCCGUCCUCGCCACCACGUCGGGUGUCAAGAAGCUCGCCUUUGACGCAGCGGGUCGGUUGCUAGUGGUCAACUGCAACGACCGCGCGCUGCGUGUUCUGGCUGUAUCCACCACCGACCUCGGAACAGGGGUGGAGGAUGAGCGCAGUACAAAACGCAGACGCACGUCGUUGGAGUUGACACUGCAACACAAGAUCCAAGACAUGAUCCAACGCACCGCCUGGAACGACCUCGGCUUCUCGCCCGAUUCGGACUACAUCUACGCCGGCGCAGCUCACAAGGCAGCUCACAACGUCUACGUGUGGGACCGCACAUCCGGUACGCUCGUCAAGAUGCUCGAAGGACCCAAAGACUGGCUUGUGGGGGUCGACUGGUGUCCCCACCGCCCAAUGCUCGCAUCGGCCAGCAAUACCGGUACGAUUUAUUUGUGGUUCACACCCGCCGAGGAGAUCUGGAGUGCCUAUGCACCAGGAUUUGAGGAGCUCGAGGAGAAUAUCGAGUACGAGGAGCGGGAGGAUGAGUUUGACUUUAUCGACGACCAGGACUCGAAGGAUCGCCAGAAGCAGCAGGAGCAGGAAGCGGCGCAUGUGCGCAUCCAGCCACACUCGCUCACCGCCACAACCACACGCGCGACACUCGAUCCAGACCAUCUCUUCGACACACUCAACAUUCCACACCAACAAAGAGGACAGAGAGACUGUGUGGCAUUCCGAGCGGUGGCGCAGUAUCUACAGCCCAUGGAUCCCGCGUUAGAGGACACAGAGGGGGUGGUGCUUUCGCGCGCCGACGACGACACCGCCGAGCUGUUCGUCAUCCCGCCACGUCUCGAGACCGACCACUCCGACUUCCACCACGAUCCCUGA